UACUCCGCGCGCUUUUACACCGGCUUUCUACGUGACUAACCUAAAAUAAAUAUUACAAUAACCAUUCGUUACAUGUGCAUCACUACUUAGAAAAUGUCUCAAGACGAGGGCUUCUUUAAAAAGUUCCACGAAACGAUUAACAGUUCUCUGGAUGACGUGACGAGGAACAAUUUCGCCAAUUUAGAAUCCAACGCGAAGCGUGUCUCCUACUUGUGCAGUCUACCGAUCGUCAGAAAUUACAAUGUAAUCGACGAUUUGCAGAAAUGCCAGACGGGCGGCGAGUUUCCAGUGAAAAAAGACUUGGAAAAAGCGCGCCAGUUGAAGGAUGAGGGGAAUAAAGCUGUGCAGAAAGGUGAUUGGGCGAAGGCGAUGCAGUUAUACAGCCAGAGUAUGGUUCACAUGCCGGAGAAAGAAACUGAAGAGCUUUCAAUUGUUUUGGCGAACCGGUCAGCAGCCUUAAAUCAUCUGGAGCAAUAUGAAGAUACUCUAGCUGAUAUCAAACGGUGCCUGUCUUUGGGUUACCCUCGUCAUCUGAGGUACAAGGUCUACGAGAGGAGAGCCAGGUGCCUUCUGGUGCUGAAGAGGAAUAAAGAGGCUGUCAGCGCUUUUCAAGACACAAUCAGCUCACUCGAUGAAGCCACAAAACUGGACAAAGAGAAAAGACAAAAGAUGAGAACAGACUCCAAACUCAUGCUAGAAAUAUUGAACAAAGGUCUCGUCUUAGCUGGGAACCCAAAGGACCCUGAACCAUUGAAAAAGACUCCACCAAAGCCAAAACUUCCCGGGAAGAAUAACCCUCAGUAUCCUGCGGCUUCGGAGGCAAUUCAGAUAGAUUAUGAGGAAGUUCGAGGCAGAUUUGCAACAGCAACAAAAGAUAUUGAAGCGGGAGAGAUUCUGUUGGUGGAGAAACCUCAUAGUGGAGUUCUGUUGGCGGAAUAUUCCAGCACACAUUGCCAGAACUGUUUCAUAAAGUGCCCAAUUCCACUCCCCUGUCCAAAAUGCCCAAACGUGGUUUUCUGCAGCGAUAAGUGUUUGGAAACGGCGCAGAAAUCUUAUCACGGCUUCGAGUGUCACAUUCUCCCCCUCAUAUGGAAGUCAGGUUGCUCUAUCACCUGCCAUAUAGCACUGAGGAUGAUCACACAACGCAAGAAAGAAUAUUUCACGAGUAUUAUUCAAGACAUAGAUACAAAAACCAGUGGGCCUUACAAAACUGAUGACUACAGAAAUAUCUAUCAUUUAGUAGCCCAUGAAGAUAAAAGGUCUAAGCUAGACUUCUUACACAGAACUCAAAUGACAGCCUUCUUUGUGAAACUGCUGGAAGUAAGCGGUUACUUCGAUGGUAAGCCGAGAACAAAACCUGUGGAGGUUGACGAACUGAAGACCUUAGCUGUAGACGACAAAUAUAAAGAAGAUGUAGCCCUCUUUGGAGGUUUAAUACUAAAGAAUCUACAAAUCCUUAAGUUUAAUGCUCACGAAGUUUUUGAGCUGCAAUGUCCUAAGCCAAAGGUGGAUAAGAACAUCAUCAAACAUGAAGGAAAGUCAACGUUUUUGGCGGGAGCCGUGUUCCCAACUCUUGCGCUGUUUAACCAUUCUUGCGAUCCAGGAGUAGUUCGAUAUUUCUGCGGCAACAACAUCGUGGUGCGAGCAGUAAAGAACAUAAAGAAAGGCGAUGAAGUCUCCGAGAACUACGGGCCUAUCUUCACGACCGUCCCCAAAGAGAAGAGGCAGGCAGAGUUGAAGGAACAGUACUGGUUUGAUUGCCACUGCACGCCUUGUGAACACAAGUGGCCUACCUAUGAAGAGAUGACUGAAAACUACAUGAGAUUCAAGUGCGAUUCGGACAAUCCAUGCCCCAACGUGGUGGCAGUGCCAUAUGACUGCAAGGAGUUUAUGAUACAAUGUGGACUCUGCCAGCAGUACACCAACAUUCUGAAGGGAUUGAAGGCUUUGCAGGACACAGAAAUGAUGUAUCGUCUGGGCCGCGCUGCGAUGGAGGGUGGGCAGUAUGGAGAAGCAAUGAAGAAGUUUGUUGAGGUGUUGAAACUCUAUGACAACACACUCUCCCCUCCAUAUCGCUCCUAUUACGAUUGUGUUCAGGACCUUAGACGUUGUAUGUUGGCUAUGGGCAACUACAGUAUUGUUUAGUAUGUUGACCGUUGAGUACCGAUUCUGUCAAAGUUUUACAUUAUUAAUGUUUCUAGUUAUGUGUUAGAUCCCUACCUAAGUAGGGUGUAUUUAUGGUUACCAUAGAGAAUCAAAGAUCAAUAUUUUAACGAGUACUUAUUAGAUAGUAAAGGAAAUUUUUUAUGUGUUUGUAAUGAUCAAAGUUAUAGUACUUACUAACUUAGAAUAAGACAGUCUGUGAAAGUUUAAAUAAAUAAUG